AACGCCUGACUGAGGUUUACUCUUGUUUUUCCUCUUCUUUUAUCACUCUCCUUUUUGCUCUUCUUUGCCUCCUCACACAGAGGAGCUCCUUUUCUUUUGCUAGGCCGUUUUUCACUUGUCUCCAAACUUUGUCCGUCUGCCAUUGUGCUCCUGACUCAGCUAUCUCAUGCCCAACUCCUCAUAAGAACCAGCUCCAGUCCCUGAUUGGCUGACCGACCAGUUUCACAAUACAUGACGCGUUUCCUGCCGUAAAGCACAUUUUUUCCGCAAAAUUUCGGCACCGGUGGCAGAAGCUUAUUGCAAAGAUUGCAAAGCCACUAAGUAACAUAUGUAAACACUGAUAGUGUGAUUUUACUGUGGACACUACCCUGUGCAACCCACAUUAUUUUCAUAAUGAUAUAUUUAGGAAAAUAUGAUAUCUGUUGCCUCUUUAAAUAUGUUGCUGAGUAUUGUAAUAAAAUAUGUUGCGAUUAACUGCAAGUAAUGUUCCCAAAGGAAAACUUUUUCACCAUCUGUUUUAUCUAACAAGAUAAAGUCUUCAGUCUCUUCAUCUCACUUCGGUCAUUUUCUUUUGCAGCAGCAAAAUGUAUCUAGUGGACUGAAAGCAAAUGAUUAUAUUAUUCUAGUAGGUAACGUAAAGUUUAAUUUGUAUUUGUAGUUUUAAUUAUUUAUAUAAUAAAAAAUACGAUACGUUAUUGCCACACAAAAAUAUCGCGAUACUAUGCUGUCUCGAUUUCUUCCCCACCCCUAGUUAAUGGUAACGUUACAUAUUAAGCAGCUGAUGUUUGCAUUUGCAGUGAAUGAGCUGAAAGCCAUGCUGCAUUAUGAAGAGUCAAAACUCUGUUACUGAUGUUAACCUCGUACUUACUUAUACACACCAGUCAGCAGGGCCGUUUCUAGCUUUUGGGGGCCCAAUGUAAAAUUUUGUUUCGUCUCCCUGUUUCAGUCGCUCAUGACUAAACACCAGAUCUGUGUCAUAUUCCGUCUGCAUAUGAGACCAAAUGCUACUUUUACACAUAAAAAAAGACCUAUUUUAAUUUAACUUAGCUGCAUUGAUGACAUCAGAAUGAACAAAGUCUGUUGCUGUCACUGGCUGCCUGCCCCCACCUGGCCUGACAGCUUCUCUGGGAGAAACCCAGCUGAUAGUCAACAUUUUUUCCAUAGUGAUGAUAUUUUAGGUCCAGUUUCUAAAGAGACUGACCUUUACUUUCCUAACGAUAAAGAGCAAUGACACCUCCACUUCCUCAGUCUCAGAAAAGCUUUCUGGGGUGGGAGGACGCGACGGCGAAGGGGUACAUACGUGAUGAUGGAGUGUGCUGUGGUCUUAUCAUUUGAUGAGUAAUUAAUGACAUCCAUCAUAAUUUCCUGUGGUGUCAGUGUGGGCCACAGAGUGAAUGUUCCUAUAAAUGCUGUAAUGGUUCAGACUUAAAAAUAACUGAAUACUUAAUUCUGAAAUCUGAACACUGCUGAAUUUAAAACAGUGAAAUAUUUUACUUUAAGACACCUAAGUGUUUGGGUGCCUCUCUUCCUGUAGGUAAUUUCAAAUGGUGAAUUUUCAAAGUUGUUUUUUUCUCCCCUCUGGCUCAUUAUUCCAAAACUGUUCAAGUUGCUAAAAUUUAAUUAACAACAACAAAACAUUUAAGCAUCAUACACCUGUGCUGCCAAGGACGCUUCUUUAUCUUGUGUUUUAUAGAGUUGGGAUGCUUGAGUGAGAUGACUGAUGAAUAGUAAACUGAUAGCCCAGAGUACUCACAGUUUCAUUCAGGCUCAAUCGCUGUUCCUUGGUAGCAAGUAAACUGAGUUUAUUAAUGUAAACUGUCACUAUGGUCUCUCCCCUCCUCCUGCCCCCGUUAGCUCUGGCUGGUUGUUGUCAAAUGCAUCACUUCCGGUGUGCACACACGGGAAAGUCCCCACAGACACCAGACACCACAACUCCGGUAUACUGUGAAAUACAGAGAGCUUUCCCCAGCGCUGAUUCUCUUAAUCAGCAUUGUGUGAAUUAGUUUGGCAGAGGCUUGAAUGUACUAAACCUUCAUUUAUAUUUAAAAUUCCUGCAGUCUAGCUUUAAAGGGCUGCACUGAGCCAAAAGAGUGGGUCCCUCUGCAACUUUUUCCCCCCAGUGAAACUGUACUGUGUCAUCACAUCGUGAUUACUCAGCAAGUGGUAUUUCAUUGUCUGUAAGUGUGUUGGUUGAACCGUGCUGACAAGUAUGUUUGCUGACAAAUGUUUAUCUACCACCAGGUCGAUCUAGCAGAGCAGGAUUUCUACGGUGGAGUGCAUUAUGUCAUCGUACAGUUAGUGGAUCAGCUGCUCAGUGAAUCAUGUGGUUAUUGUGCACAGCUGUUAUGUACACACUAUAGGACUAGACAGAGCAUAUGUGACUGCAUUUGUUUGUCUCUGAUAUUAUAUAAUGUAAUUGUGUCUUGCUACAGUGAGGUAGACACAGUCGUCUUAUUUCAGCCCAGGCACCUCUUGUUAUGCACAUUGUUGUCAACAUGGGUCUCAUUUUUCUGCUGCCAAUAUCAAAAAAAAGUGUGAAAUCUUAAGGUGAAUAUGCUGCACAGAGGUGAUGUAAUGUAGGUACAGCGGGACCAUCAGGAUGGUAUCUUGACAUCAGAGAGAACUUGUCUCGAUCAUAACAAUUCAAACCCACUCAGGUCAUUGAAUACAGGGUUUUCCCUGCCUAUCUAAGACAAAAGCGGGCCACCUGGGUGAUUUUGGCCGCCGCCUUGGUUAAAGUGUGUGUGUGUGUGUGUGUGUGUGUGUGUGUGUGUGUGUGUGUGUGUGCAUGGGGGGCGUUCAGAUGCAGCGUCUUUUGUGCGCACAAACCCAUUACUUUCAAUGUAAUGUAGACGCACGUCAUGUGCUUGCAUUCGAAUCGACGUGCUUGUUUUUUUCGUCCGGCGCACAGCUCCACGGACCUGCUUCUCCCUCCGGUGUUGUGUCAGAUCCUGGUUCCCCCUCGGGCUGUGUCUCUCCUACUCAGGGUAUCCGCGGGGUCUAAAAAAGUCUUAAAUCCAAUAAUUUGAAUUUAAGGCCUUAAAAUGUCUAAAAUUAUCAUAAAAUCUCAUAAAAGGUCUUAAAUACGAUUUUGAAAGGUCUUAACAAUCUAUUGACAUUACUUUUAUUUAAAACAUGCAUAAACUUCAGUCUCGCUUUUAAAUGUUUCGAUUUUUGAGGACGUUAUAACGUAACUACAAAGCGGAACUGAAGUAGGCUACCUGUGCUGCCCGGUCAGAAUUUAUCGAACACCACCAGCUAAUGUGCUGUGCGCGCGCAGCGGUGUGUUGUGACAGACAGCUUAGCAUAGCAGCGGAGAAAACUUACUAACAAAAGCCCACAGCAAAGCCGAAUUACUUGCAUAGAUGGGUAAGUGCAAGUUCAACGAUUUGUGGCUUCAGAACGAACAAUUUAAUACAUGGUUGAAGCCGGUGGAUGGAAACAUAUAUGAAGCACACUGCACUUUCUGCAAGAAAACUUUAAAACUUGGAACAUUGGGCAUCAAGGCAUUGGAAUCCCAUUGCAAAUCAGAAAAACAUAAAGCGGUCAUAAAAUGCCAGCAGCAAACGCUGUCAAUCAGCCAGUAUUGUUCCACAUCAGGAGCUGGAGCAUCGAGGUCCAGCGCGACCCAGUCUGCUGCAACUCCAGUCGACCUCCGGACAGCGUUUGGGUCUACACCCACACUAAAAGCGGAGGUGCUAUGGACUUUUCAUACGGUAACUAAGCACCAGUCAUAUACUGGUAAUGAGAACAUUGAUGAGCUGUUCCAGACUAUGUUCCCGGAUUCUGAGAUUGCGAAAACUUUUAAGUGUGGAAAAGACAAGACGGCGUACAUAGCGCGAUUUGGAUUAGCCGAUUACAUCAAGAGAGACCUCAUCUCCAAAGUUAAGGGCCCGUUCGUGCUGAUGUUCGACGAAAGCCUGAAUCAAACGAACAAGACCAAGCAGUUGAACUUGCACGUGCGUUUUUGGGAAGGCGAGCGGGUCCAGUCAAGGUACCUGGAGUCCCAGUUUAUGGGGCAUGCGACAGCUCAGGACUUACUGAAACAUGUCAAGGAGUGUGUGGACCAACUUAACCUCAGGAGCCUAGUGUCCAUCUCUAUGGAUGGGCCCAAUGUGAAUUUCAAAUUUUUGGAACUUUUCCAACAAGAGUAUGCAGAACUGAAUGGAGGUGCUUAGCUUGUUUCCGUGGGCAGCUGUGGACUGCACACAUUGCAUAAUGCUUUUAAAAGUGGAUUCACCAUGUGGCAGCUGGACAAACUUUUGAGAGCCAUGCACACACUGUUCCACAACGUACCAGCAAGGAGAGAAGAUUACAGCGCUGUCACAAAUUCCACCAUCUUCCCCUUACCGUUUUGUGGUCAUCGGUGGAUAGAGAACUUGCCUGUGGUAGAGAGGGCUAUUGAAGUCUGGCCAUCACUUCAGGAGUAUAUGGAUGCAGUGAGAAGAAAGAAACUCCCGAACCCGGGGACAGCAUCCUUUGACACAAUCGAAGCAGCCCUGAAAGAUCCACUCAUCUUGGCCAAGUUAGAAUUCUACAUGACUGUUGCCAGGACAUUCAAUCCCUUUUUGAAGAGGUAUCAAACAGAUGAGCCAGUGAUGCCUUUCUUCAGCAAAGACUUGGCUGAACUGAUCAAGGGUCUACUCAGGCGCUUUAUCAAGCGAGAGGUCCUGCAAGACAUCAGCACACUGCAGCUAACCAAACUAGAUGUAGCUGAUAAGAAAAACCGGCACCAGCCAAAGCACAUCGACAUUGGCUUGGGUGCUGAGUCAGCCCUCAAGAGCAGCAACAGUUCAGAGCUCAGAGUCCUUCAAUUUAGAAUGGACUGCAUGCAGGGACUGUCAAACAUCGUCAGUAAAGUGCAGGAGAAGAGCCCCCUGAAAUAUCCAACAGUUAGGCACAUGGCGUGUCUGGACCCCUCUGCCAUUUUCAGAGACCCAGACAGGUGCAAGAGGCAGAUGAAAUGUCUUGUUCAGACAUUUCUGCAAGACAAACAGCUGACAGGAGGUGUUUCUGCUGGUGAUAUCAUUCUCCAACAAUUUGAGGCCUUCCUGUCCCUUGAGAGCAGAAGUGAGGAGUUCCUCUCCUUCCAACCCAUGCAAGAGAGGCUAGACACCUUCUUGUGUGGUUUCCUUAGAAGGCCCUAUCCGGAACUUUGGACUUUUUGCCAGAAGCUGCUCAUUUUGUCCCAUGGACAGGCCACUGUGGAGAGAGGUUUUUCUGUAAACAAGGAAGUUGAAACGUGUAACAUGCAGGGGGACACUGUUGUAGCGCACAGGCUUGUGUGUGAUUAUGUCACUCAACACGGCGGGGUGACCAAGAUUCCCCUCACGAAAGAGCUCUUGACUUCUGUGGCAUCAGCCAGGUCCAAGUACCGUGUCCACCUUGAUCAAGAGAGAAGGAAGAAGGAGUCUGAUGAACAGGGAAAGAAGAGAAAGGCUUUAGAGGAUCACCUGGAAGAACUAAAAAAGAAAAGGAAAACUGUCCAAGAGGUUUCUGAAAGUCUGGCCAGAGAUGCAGACAGGUUUGCAGAAGAGGCGGAGGGCAAGGCGGGCACUCGGAUGGCCCAGCUCAUCACAAAAUCAAAUGCUCUGAGGAGGAGCUACAAGGAAAAAUUAGCAGAGCUCAAGAACAUUGUGGAGGAGAUUGCAGCCACGGGACAAGAGCUCAGAUAGUUGUUGUGUGCACGCAUACACACACGCACACACACACACAUACACACAAUGGCCGUUGGCUGUAGAGUUUACCAAUAUUUUUUUUAUUCUGAGUUCCAAACAAAUAUUAGUUCACAACAGAGAGGUUUCUGGUGUUUUUAGUUAGGUUAAGCAUUUUGUAUUCCAAUGUGAAAGAGCUGUGAAUAAAUUCAUAUACUU